UUGGUUAUCUUCAUAUCAAGGGGAAUAACCGCAAUCAUAUCCGGUGAAAAGAAAAUUCAGAAACCAUAAUUUCGUCAUGCCAAGUGGAGAAAUGGAGAAAAAAGAAGAUCUAAACGAACGCAUAGAAACGUUCAUUAAUGAGACGAAACAAGGGAUGACACAAGGUUCCUAUGAUGUUGCAUGUAAAACCGUCAAUUUGCUUAUGCGGAUCAUCUCAUUGACAAAAUGGUCCAAUGCAAAAGAAUUAAUGGAGGUAAUCCGAGGAGAAGGAAAGCGUUUGAUGUCAGCAGAGGCGACAGAAACAGUUAUUGGUAACAUGGUGCGAAGAAUACUCAAAAUUAUUCGCGAGGAGUAUGCAAGGACAGCCCAAGGUCGGUCAGAAGAAGGGGACCCACAGGAAUCCCUUCAUAAACUGCUGUUAGCUGAGGGACAAAUUGAUGACUACAGUGUAUAUAUUCCAACAUUAAAAGCCUCGAUUAUUGAAGCUAUUGGAGAACUCCGAUCAGAACUGGAAACAAGUGCUGACAACAUCGCCACACAAGCUCUUGAACACAUUCACUCUAAUGAGGUUAUUAUGACAGCUGGAAAGUCAAAAACUGUCGAAGCUUUCUUAAAGGAUGCAGCACGGAAGAGGAAGUUCCAGGUGAUUGUCGUUGAGUGUGCACCUUUCUACCAUGGCCAACAGCUUGCUGUAACACUAGCUAAGUCGGGUAUCGAGACGACGGUCAUCACAGACUCCGCAGUGUUUGCCAUCAUGUCGAGGGUCAACAAGGUCAUCAUCGGCACCCACACUGUCAUGGCCAAUGGAGGGUUAAAAGCCAUUAAUGGGAGUCAUGCAAUUGCCCUAGCUGCCAAGCAUUACUCUGUUCCUCUGAUUGUGUGUGCAGCCAUGUUCAAACUCUCUCCGCAGUAUCUCUGCUCAUAUGACCAGGAUGCCUUCAACAAGUUUGUGAGUCCUCACAGUGUUAUGAAGUUCUCAGAGGGAGAGAUCCUUGCAAAAGUCCAUGUACAGAACCCAGUGUUCGACUACGUCCCACCAGAACUUGUCACUCUGUUUAUCUCAAAUAUAGGAGGAAAUGCACCAUCUUAUGUCUACAGAUUAUUAAGCGAACUUUAUCAUCCAGAUGACCAUGAACUUUGACCUUUGACCAGUAUCAGUAUGACCUCGUGGGAUCUGUACAGCUUAUUGUGAGAGCAGGAAGUAGAGGAACGCUGUCAGGUCGUGCAGAAGCAGGAAACAGUGCUGUAAUAAUUUGACUUUUGCACAUCUACAUGUUUGAAGCUGGCAUGAAGGAAGGGUUUAUCUUAGGAUUAAAAUGUGUUUUGUAAA